AAAUGAGCAAAGUCCUGAUUCUUAUUCAAACACCAUUUUCAAGAUGCAAACUUUUGACCCAUAUCCUUUUCGGGUCAUAAAAAAAACGCCACCGUUAGUCCUCUCUCUCCAUCUCUCUUGCGGCCAGAAUGUAUUCAAGCUCAGGUAACAGUAACAGUUACUACCAAAACAUCAUGCAGCAGCAGCAUCUCGGGAUGAGUCGAAGAGACCGAGUUAGAAGAGCACGUGACAACUCACGUGAUGGGGUUGGUGAGGAACAAAAUGUCACUCCUUGUACAGAGUUUGACACGGCCUACUUUCACAAUUAUGCUCAUGUUGGUAUCCAUGAAUAGAUGAUUAAGGAUCAUGUGCGGACAAACGCAUAUAGGGGUGUAAUCUUUCACCAUCAGAUUGUGAUAGAAGGCAAUUAAUGCCAUCAUGGUUGUCGUGUUUGUCGUGGAUGUUGGUUGUGACACAGGAAUUCUUUCAAUAUUUUGUGCUCAGGAUGGGGCAAAACAGCCUAAUGCAGUGGAUGCAAGUGAUAUUGCUGUAAAGAGCAUGCUGGGAAGUGUCAUCACUGCCAGAGAUCACUGGCUGAAGCAUGGAGGCCUUAUUCUUCCAUCAAAUGCAACUUUGUACAUGGCAACUGUCACACAUCCAGACAGAUAUGGUGAAAGCAUUGAUUUUUGGCAAAACGUUUAUGGAAUCAAUAUGUCUGCCAUGUUGCCAUUAGCAAAACAGUGUGCAUUUGAAGAGCCAUCUGUGGAAUCAAUAUCAGCUUCUGACAGGGCUGAGGUGUUGCGUCGUGGCAUUAAGUAUGAGAAGAAAGUGACCAUUUGUAGACGAAGGGAUCGCAUCACAUACAGAUGUUUGGCUGUUGUUAUGCAAGAACUAGAUCAUUUAUACAUUGAAGCGAAAGAAUGCAGUGUAUUAUUUCAGUUUUCUUUCUCAUCAAUUUUCUUUUCAAUCAAUCCUAGGAAAAAAGGUCUACCGCCCAUCUUUACAUUUUUCUUUGGUGGUUGUUGUCUUUUCUUUUGUUCAUUGGCUUUUCGAUCAAUUUAAAUGCGGCUACCU